CACACAUAAUCAUGUUAUUGCUGCAUAUUUCAAUAAUUCUGUUACAUGUUAUUGCAACAAUAAUUAUAUGUUAUAUAUUACUAUAAAUAAUCCAUAUUUAUUCUUAUAGGAUGCUCUGCAAGAUGUAAGAAAGGUUUCUUCAUUCAAGGAACGUCGGAAUGGUUACGAUUCGACAGCUACGAACGAAAAGCAUGAUAAUAUUUACGUCCUGGAACUUGAAGAGAAGAAAAAAAGCAUAGUCGAACAGGAAAAUGAUUAUGAUCCAUAUGAUUACAGAAUAGUGGAGCAUCCAACUACGAAUGCAGAAACUACGCUUCACUUACUAAAGGGUAGUUUGGGCACCGGGAUUCUCGCGAUGCCAAUGGCCUUUCACCAUGCUGGAUACGUUGUCGGCUUGUUUGCCACCGUCAUCAUAGGGCUCCUUUGUAUAUAUUGCAUGCGAAUUCUCGUUCGCUCGGAGUAUGAAUUGUGCAAAAGAAAGAGGGUGCCGUCCAUGACAUAUCCGGCAACCGCAGAAGCCGCUCUGCUGGAGGGACCAGUGUGCCUCAGACGGUUUUCCAGAUUUUCAAUACACAUAAUAAACGUCUUCCUGUUGAUAUAUCAGAUGGGCACUUGCUGCGUCUACAUAGUUUUUAUUUCUGAAAACCUGCACUCGGGAUUACAAACGUUCUUCGACAUAAAGGUGGAUAUAUAUAUGACGAUCCUUCUGGUACCCUUGAUCUUAAUUAAUUACAUCAGGAAUCUUAAAUACUUGACACCAUGUUCGACACUAGCGAAUAUUAUCAUGUUCGCUGGAUUCGCUAUCAUACUUUACUUUAUUUUCGAAGAGCCGUUAUCGUUCACAAAUCGCGAGCCGUACGGCGAUGUUACGAAUUUUCCGCUCUUCUUUGGAACCGUCCUGUUCGCUCUUGAAGCCAUCGGCGUAAUUAUGCCUUUGGAAAACGAAAUGAAAACUCCCAAAUUUUUCAUGAAACCAUGUGGCGUCUUAAAUAUCUCAAUGGGCCUCAUAGUUGCGAUGUAUGCCGCUCUAGGGUUCUUUGGAUACAUACGCUAUGGCAGCGAAAUCAAGGGCAGUAUUACGCUCAAUGUACCUGGCGACAAACUGGGAAUUGCCGUUAAAAUUCUUCUGGCUAUCGCCAUCUUUUUCACAUAUCCCAUUCAGUGUUACGUUGCUAUCGAUAUAAUAUGGAACGAAUAUAUCAGUCAUACCUUGAGAAGUAUCGUUUUAAGUUAA